CAACUACAUCAGUCCCAACAACAAGUCCUUUAUCCAGCACAACGCCUUGUACCUGUGAGUGGUCUGACUGGAUUGACCAAGGACCUACUACACCUGGCACUGAUGGAGGAGACUCUGUAUCAAUUUCACAACUCGUUAAUUCUGGACGUAUCAGUUGUAAACAGCCAACAGAAGUUGAGUGCAGGGCUAAGUUGUAUCCAACAUUGCCACUUUCCCAGUUGGGCCAAGAUGUGAUUUGCAAUCCAUCGGUAGGACUUGUUUGCCUGAACAAAAACCAGGGAAAUAAGCAAGUGUGUUUCAAUUAUGAAAUCAGAGUACGCUGCUGUGGACCAUGCACAUCCACUACCACUACAACACCCACAAGUACAUCAACUCCCUCUACACCUACAACUUCGACAACAACCUCCAUGACAACUACAACCACUAAAAGAACCUCGACACCUGUAACAACGACACUGUCAACUUCUACAACUACAUCAGUCCCAACAACAAGUCCUUUAUCCAGCACAACGCCUUGUACCUGUGAGUGGUCUGACUGGAUUGACCAAGGACCUACUACACCUGGCACUGAUGGAGGAGACUCUGUAUCAAUUUCACAACUCGUUAAUUCUGGACGUAUCAGUUGUAAACAGCCAACAGAAGUUGAGUGCAGGGCUAAGUUGUAUCCAACAUUGACACUUUCCCAGUUGGGCCAAGAUGUGAUUUGCAAUCCAUCGGUAGGACUUGUUUGCCUGAACAAAAACCAGGGAAAUAAGCAAGUGUGUUUCAAUUAUGAAAUCAGAGUACGCUGCUGUGGACCAUGCACAUCCACUACCACUACAACACCCACAAGUACAUCAACUCCCUCUACACCUACAACUUCGACAACAACCUCCACGACAACUACAACCACUAAAAGAACCUCGACACCUGUAACAACGACACUGUCAACUUCUACAACUACAUCAGUCCCAACAACAAGUCCUUUAUCCAGCACAACGCCUUGUACCUGUGAGUGGUCUGACUGGAUUGACCAAGGACCUACUACACCUGGCACUGAUGGAGGAGACUCUGUAUCAAUUUCACAACUCGUUAAUUCUGGACGUAUCAGUUGUAAACAGCCAACAGAAGUUGAGUGCAGGGCUAAGUUGUAUCCAACAUUGCCACUUUCCCAGUUGGGCCAAGAUGUGAUUUGCAAUCCAUCGGUAGGACUUGUUUGCCUGAACAAAAACCAGGGAAAUAAGCAAGUGUGUUUCAAUUAUGAAAUCAGAGUACGCUGCUGUGGACCAUGCACAUCCACUACCACUACAACACCCACAAGUACAUCAACUCCCUCUACACCUACAACUUCGACAACAACCUCCAUGACAACUACAACCACUAAAAGAACCUCGACACCUGUAACAACGACACUGUCAACUUCUACAACUACAUCAGUCCCAACAACAAGUCCUUUAUCCAGCACAACGCCUUGUACCUGUGAGUGGUCUGACUGGAUUGACCAAGGACCUACUACACCUGGCACUGAUGGAGGAGACUCUGUAUCAAUUUCACAACUCGUUAAUUCUGGACGUAUCAGUUGUAAACAGCCAACAGAAGUUGAGUGCAGGGCUAAGUUGUAUCCAACAUUGACACUUUCCCAGUUGGGCCAAGAUGUGAUUUGCAAUCCAUCGGUAGGACUUGUUUGCCUGAACAAAAACCAGGGAAAUAAGCAAGUGUGUUUCAAUUAUGAAAUCAGAGUACGCUGCUGUGGACCAUGUACAUCCACUACCACUACAACACCCACAAGUACAUCAACUCCCUCUACACCUACAACUUCGACAACAACCUCCACGACAACUACAACCACUAAAAGAUCCUCGACACCUGUAACAACAAAACCGUCAACUUCAACAACUACAUCAGUCCCAACAACAAGUCCUUUAUCCAGCACAACGCCUUGUACCUGUGAGUGGUCUGACUGGAUUGACCAAGGACCUACUACACCUGGCACUGAUGGAGGAGACUCUGUAUCAAUUUCACAACUCGUUAAUUCUGGACGUAUCAGUUGUAAACAGCCAACAGAAGUUGAGUGCAGGGCUAAGUUGUAUCCAACAUUGACACUUUCCCAGUUGGGCCAAGAUGUGAUUUGCAAUCCAUCGGUAGGACUUGUUUGCCUGAACAAAAACCAGGGAAAUAAGCAAGUGUGUUUCAAUUAUGAAAUCAGAGUACGCUGCUGUGGACCAUGCACAUCCACUACCACUACAACACCCACAAGUACAUCAACUCCCUCUACACCUACAACUUCGACAACAACCUCCACGACAACUACAACCACUAAAAGAACCUCGACACCUGUAACAACAAAACAGUCAACUUCAACAACUACAUCAGUCCCAACAACAAGUCCUUUAUCCAGCACAACGCCUUGUACCUGUGAGUGGUCUGACUGGAUUGACCAAGGACCUACUACACCUGGCACUGAUGGAGGAGACUCUGUAUCAAUUUCACAACUCGUUAAUUCUGGACGUAUCAGUUGUAAACAGCCAACAGAAGUUGAGUGCAGGGCUAAGUUGUAUCCAACAUUGACACUUUCCCAGUUGGGCCAAGAUGUGAUUUGCAAUCCAUCGGUAGGACUUGUUUGCCUGAACAAAAACCAGGGAAAUAAGCAAGUGUGUUUCAAUUAUGAAAUCAGAGUACGCUGCUGUGGACCAUGCACAUCCACUACCACUACAACACCCACAAGUACAUCAACUCCCUCUACACCUACAACUUCGACAACAACCUCCACGACAACUACAACCACUAAAAGAACCUCGACACCUGUAACAACAAAACAGUCAACUUCAACAACUACAUCAGUCCCAACAACAAGUCCUUUAUCCAGCACAACGCCUUGUACCUGUGAGUGGUCUGACUGGAUUGACCAAGGACCUACUACACCUGGCACUGAUGGAGGAGACUCUGUAUCAAUUUCACAACUCGUUAAUUCUGGACGUAUCAGUUGUAAACAGCCAACAGAAGUUGAGUGCAGGGCUAAGUUGUAUCCAACAUUGACACUUUCCCAGUUGGGCCAAGAUGUGAUUUGCAAUCCAUCGGUAGGACUUGUUUGCCUGAACAAAAACCAGGGAAAUAAGCAAGUGUGUUUCAAUUAUGAAAUCAGAGUACGCUGCUGUGGACCAUGCACAUCCACUACCACUACAACACCCACAAGUACAUCAACUCCCUCUACACCUACAACUUCGACAACAACCUCCACGACAACUACAACCACUAAAAGAUCCUCGACACCUGUAACAACAAAACCGUCAACUUCAACAACUACAUCAGUCCCAACAACAAGUCCUUUAUCCAGCACAACGCCUUGUACCUGUGAGUGGUCUGACUGGAUUGACCAAGGACCUACUACACCUGGCACUGAUGGAGGAGACUCUGUAUCAAUUUCACAACUCGUUAAUUCUGGACGUAUCAGUUGUAAACAGCCAACAGAAGUUGAGUGCAGGGCUAAGUUGUAUCCAACAUUGACACUUUCCCAGUUGGGCCAAGAUGUGAUUUGCAAUCCAUCGGUAGGACUUGUUUGCCUGAACAAAAACCAGGGAAAUAAGCAAGUGUGUUUCAAUUAUGAAAUCAGAGUACGCUGCUGUGGACCAUGCACAUCCACUACCACUACAACACCCACAAGUACAUCAACUCCCUCUACACCUACAACUUCGACAACAACCUCCACGACAACUACAACCACUAAAAGAACCUCGACACCUGUAACAACAAAACCGUCAACUUCAACAACUACAUCAGUCCCAACAACAAGUCCUUUAUCCAGCACAACGCCUUGUACCUGUGAGUGGUCUGACUGGAUUGACCAAGGACCUACUACACCUGGCACUGAUGGAGGAGACUCUGUAUCAAUUUCACAACUCGUUAAUUCUGGACGUAUCAGUUGUAAACAGCCAACAGAAGUUGAGUGCAGGGCUAAGUUGUAUCCAACAUUGACACUUUCCCAGUUGGGCCAAGAUGUGAUUUGCAAUCCAUCGGUAGGACUUGUUUGCCUGAACAAAAACCAGGGAAAUAAGCAAGUGUGUUUCAAUUAUGAAAUCAGAGUACGCUGCUGUGGACCAUGCACAUCCACUACCACUACAACACCCACAAGUACAUCAACUCCCUCUACACCUACAACUUCGACAACAACCUCCAUGACCACUACAACCACUAAAAGAACCUCGACACCUGUAACAACGACACUGUCAACUUCUACAACUACAUCAGUCCCAACAACAAGUCCUUUAUCCAGCACAACGCCUUGUACCUGUGAGUGGUCUGACUGGAUUGACCAAGGACCUACUACACCUGGCACUGAUGGAGGAGACUCUGUAUCAAUUUCACAACUCGUUAAUUCUGGACGUAUCAGUUGUAAACAGCCAACAGAAGUUGAGUGCAGGGCUAAGUUGUAUCCAACAUUGACACUUUCCCAGUUGGGCCAAGAUGUGAUUUGCAAUCCAUCGGUAGGACUUGUUUGCCUGAACAAAAACCAGAGAAAUAAGCAAGUGUGUUUCAAUUAUGAAAUCAGAGUACGCUGCUGUGGACCAUGCACAUCCACUACCACUACAACACCCACACGUACAUCAACUCCCUCUACACCUACAACUUCGACAACAACCUCCACGACAACUACAACCACUAAAAGAUCCUCGACACCUGUAACAACAAAACCGUCAACUUCAACAACUACAUCAGUCCCAACAACAAGUCCUUUAUCCAGCACAACGCCUUGUACCUGUGAGUGGUCUGACUGGAUUGACCUGGGACCCCCUACAUCUGGCACUGAUGGAGGAGACUCUGUAUCAAUUUCACAACUAUUCCAUUCUCAACGUAUUGGCUGUGAACAUGCUACACAAGUUGAAUGCAGGGCCAAGCAGUUUCCCAAUUUGCCACUGUCAGAAGUAGGCCAGGAUGUGAUAUGUAUUCCAUCUGUUGGGCUUGUCUGCUUGAACAAAAACCAAGGGCUCCAAAAGAUUUGCUUUGAUUACGAAAUCCGAGUGCAGUGUUGUGGACCAUGUCCAACAACAACAACAACAACUAAACCUACAACCACAACAAUGACUACAACAACAGAAACACGCCCAACAUCUGUGACAACUCCAUUAACUUCAACUAGUAAAACUGUACCUACAUCUACUACCCCAUUUACUGUGAUUACUGGCACAACCAGCACCCAUGUUACACAACCUCAGUGUACUGGAUGUGAACUCCAAAAUGGAACAAUUUCCCCACCAGUUAUACCGAUCUUGGUGGAUGUACUUACUUUGCCCAUUGCCUUAAAAACUGCACAAUAA